GUCUCUCUGUUUCUGUGUCUUAAAAAGGCACUUUCUUGAAACAAAGAAUUUGGUGUUUAGAGAGACACGUAGAGUGUAAAUGCCAAAAUUAAGCAAACUGUGUACACGAGAAAAGCACAAUCAUCCUCAAAAAAGCUGUGAGAAAAAAAUGCAAUUAACGCAAGUGGUUUAUGAAUGAUGUUUCUCUUUGCUCAGCCUGAUUUUGGGGAGAUUUGGAUUUGUUAUUGUCAGGAGCUGGUUGAGGAUCUUUGGCGCCUUGGUUGCAUUAUUGCUUCAUCUCGUCAUAUAAGGAAAAAGAAGAAGAAGUUAGAGCAUCUUUUGUCACUGGUGAAGCAAAUCCCCUCCAUAUCGACGCGAGAUGCUUUUCGGCCUGCAAUGGAAGCACUAGUUGCUGAUGGACUUCUACGACAUUCUGACAUGGAUGUGAAGGUGUCAGUUGCAUCUUGCAUCAGCGAGAUCAUGAGAAUUACAGCUCCAGAUCAACCAUAUAAGGAUAGCAUACUUAAGGACUUUUUUGAGCUUGCAGUUUUGGCGUUUGGGAAAUUGUCUUGCUUGGAUGGUCACUGUUAUUCAAAGGCUGUCUCAAUUAUUAAAGUUAUGGCAAAGUACCGAACAGGCGUGCUCAUGUUGGAUCUCAUGUUGGAUACAUUGAUUGUUCAGAUGUUUCAACAUUUUCUCAAUGGUAUAAGGCCGGACCACCCUGAUAAAGUAUUCACGGACAUCAAGGAAAUAAUGACCAUGAUAAUAAAAGAGAGUGAAAACAUUCCAAUGCAAUUUAUGAGCAUCCUUGCAAACAUCCUCAUAAAUAGUGUUAAGAAGGAAAAUCAGAAUGUUUCGCCUCGUUCUUAUGUGCUGGGAGAGGAAGUUCUUCAAGAAAGUGCUGUCAAACUUCAUCCAUAUCUUCCAAAAGCAGUGGCGGCCCUCAACAUUUCCUUUAAAAACUAUUCCGAAGUUGUUGAAUUGACAUGGAGAGAGGCAAUGAAAUGUAAAGCUACGGUGGGUCUUGUGAAAAAUAAAGAUGAUUUUUUGAAGGCACUGGGUUUCGCCUCAAACACCAAAGAAAUCAAUUUCCCUAAAGCCUGUAAAAGACAACGUAAACAACGUAAAAGGAAGUACUUUCUAUCACAAGAAGAGGGGGAAGCAACUGAUGAUCCAACUCCUUCAACAAUGACCAUGCAACAUAAUUUAACUCCAAAAGGAGUGCACGAAAAUAAAGGGGUCAGGGUUGAUGUGCAUGGCUAUAAAGUAAAAGUGAGCAGUGGUCCCAUACUCACUGCCAUUUUUGCCAAGUAUGGUGACAUUGCAGUCAAUUGUUAUUAUAAAUCACUGGCUUUCAGAGCUUCCGUUCUUGAUAUAGUUUGUGAUGUUGUAAGGAGGCUGAAAACCGGUGACGUUGGCUCUACUUCCAUCAACGAUAUGAGAAUUUUGCUUUCUGCUGCAGCGAGGGUCAAACUUGAUGUAACUUGGCUGCAGCAGUAUCUGGAUCAGAUUUCAGAAGAGGGAGAUAUGGAGAAGAAGUUAUCGGAUUUGAUGGAGGUGAACAAGACUACCAUGCUAGUGUCUAUAGCAGCUGAAAAGGACGUAUUAGAAAGGAAUAGGAAGGUCUUCGCUGCAGAGGAACGGCUCAAAAAAGGCUGAAAAGCGCUUGCAAGAGGCCCGAAGCCGAGCAGGACAGGUGGAAAGGUCUGUCAGAGUUCUUGAAACAGUGUGUGAAAAAGUUUAGCAGGACAUAAAGGAGGUUUAGGAUCAAGCACAGUAUCGAGUAAGUAGGUUAAAUAAGCUUUUGUAAAGCUGUUUUAUCCUUGCUACUUUUCUUGAACACUAUUGCCAAGUAAAUCUAUAACAUGUAUUAGAUGAACUUCUUAAAUUUGAUUUCUGGAAUGAUGUAUACAAGUAAGUUUGUCCGUGUAGAUCUAGAUAGUCUUUUUUAUUGAAUUGUGGAGCAAAACAUUAAUCUCUCAGUAAAAUGAGUUCAUUAA